AUGAGGUCGUCGGAGAUGGUGACCAGAGGACCUACUCUAUGUAGGUUAGUGAAAAGGAGGGGGAAGAAGAAGGCUCGUUGGACUUUGGGUUUCAUCUUUAGAAUUCAGAUCCAAGUUCUUGCAAUCACAAGUCCUAGUUAUAAUUCUUCUCACGAGGAGGGAAUUCCAUGUGGAUCGUUUGAUCUGGAGCAAGAUCUUCACCUAAUUUAUUUGGUUAUCUUUUCAAGAAAUGAGCAAAUGCACAGGCUGUGGGAAAUUAGAAAGAAUGUAAAUUAUAAAGCCAUGGAUAGUGGUAAAUCCGUUUCUGGUGUACGAAAGGGGAAGAAAAAGAAGGUGAAAGACGAAUUAGAUCGUAUCAAACAAGCAGAAAAGAAAAAAAGGAGAUUGGAGAAAGCCCUUGCCACCUCAGCAGCCAUUAUUUCAGAGCUUGAGAAGAAGAAACAGAAGAAGAAAGAAGAGCAACAGAGGUUGGAUGAAGAGUGUGCUGCCAUAGCUGAAGCAGUCGCGAUGCAGGUUUUGAGUGAGGAAGGCCCAGAUGAUGAUGCUACACGUGGCAGCAGCCAUCAUCAAGGGUUUUACAGAACUCGAAAUGAAGAAUUUGGGUGGAUUUUGAAUGCUCAUGGAGGAUCGAGAUGCGAGUGGAAUGGAUGUGGAUAUGGAUAUGGGUAUGGGUGUGGUGAUGACGUGUCAUCUGCAGUGGGACAGAUGGCUGCACAUGCUGUUUCAUCUCUUCGUAUUACAGAUGAUGAAGAUAUGAAUGCGUUUGUUUUUAAUAGAAUGGUGAGAGGUUGA